UUAUUUAAGUUCAAUUUUAAAGUCAAAUGAUAACAGCACUUAUUUAUAGCUAAAUUUCAGAAAAGUCGAAGGCAUACAUACGAAUGGCUUUGAAAAACAUGACGUUGAAAGAAAUUGCGUUCUUUGUCGCAGUUCUAACUUCUGUGGUUUACACGAUCGGGGGUACAUUAUGUACACAAAACACUGAUUGCGGAUCUGGAGAAUGUUGCUAUAUAAAACCUGAAUUUGAGAUUGUCAGCAGACGCCGUCAAGCCAGUAUCCUUCCGCUUCAGCCAUCACAGCACAAACAAGGGCUUUGUGAAAGAUACCGUCUUGAACACGAUCACUGCGGGCCGCUCGAACAGGCAAACGGACACUGUGGAUGUGGCCCAGGACUGUCGUGCCAGUUUGUUCCAGCGGAAGUAGCCACAGCUCAACCAUUGGUAGUCAGUAAGAAAAGAAAAAUUUGGGUGCCUGGGCCCGGCUCGUUUCAUUGUAAACCAAAUGCAUAAUUUAUGAAUUUAACAGUUGUAAACUUUAUAUGAAAUAAACAUUGACUGGUA